GCAAGCAUUACUUAAUACGGCAAUGAGCAGAGCGUGACGUGAGAACUGCCAGGUUUGGAAGGUUCAACUAUAUUUUUUUUCAUCAGAAAUGAGGCAUCGUAUUGUAUCUCCAAAGGUCUACCCCAGCUUUUGACUCGAGGCCAAUCCUAGAAAACAGAGAAUUGUACUGGGGUGUGCAUCCUGAUGUGCUCCUCUUUUGAAAUUCGUAUCAAAGGAUGGCCGAAGCUCUCACAUUUAUUGCUCCGGGGCUGUGAGACCUGCUGAGAUUUUUUUGUGGCGCCGGGAUUGUAUUUACAUACAGUAAUCAAGCCCUCAAUCGACCAACACAGUGAAUCCUUCUCCCCCCCUUCUACUCAUUUCAAAUGGGAUUCAUACUUUUCAAGACCUUCCGUUCGUCAGGAUGGCGGAGGCAUCGCUCGUCUCUUCGCACACGGCUUCGACGGCGUUCACGGGGGGGACUUCUUACGAAGCUGUCGACGUAUUCACGAGAGCACCAGACCAGACCGCAUAUGUCUUUGCGACGGAAUACUGGAAUUCUUUCUCCAGUACCUCUCUUCUAACCACGUCUCCGUCCAGCACGGGUAGUUCGACAUCUUCGAGCCAGACAACAUCGUCAUCUACCAAUGCUGCUCAGUUGGCCGGGACAAGCACCAACUCGGGUAUAUCGCCUGGGGCUACUGCCGGAAUCGCUAUAGGAUGUGCUGCCGCCGGAUUAAUCUUAGGAGCCAUCGCGGGUUUCUUAUUUCGACGGUCAAGAUCUGAAGGGUCAAAAGCUAGAUACCAUGUAGCUUCGUACGCUAGCCAAGAGAAGCCAUUACGAGAUCCUUAUUCAACUCCUAUGCCUGUGGACAGAUUGCAGCUUGGACAAUUUCUUUUAGACUCAACGCCGGAUACUGCAAUUGGCGCAGAGAUGCGUUCUCUGAGCCAAUUGAUUCAACAACAUGUCGAAAGCUGCUACCACCCUCUACCGGUUUUGCGUAGCGUAGAGGCGCUCACCACGAUCUUGAUUCAUCUCGGGUUGGACCAGAACAGUACGAUGUCGGCUGCCAGACUCGCAUCCUUGGCGGUCGAUCCAAAAACCCGGUACAGUGCCAUCCAGCAUGUCAUCGCCCGAGUUACAUUUGCCAGUGUCACAUUGGAUGCAGCUUCUCGCUUUUCUCUGCUACCGCAACCGGUUUCUUCUUUCGCAUCUCAAAUACCGGCUACGGAAAGCCAUAGAGGAAGCGCAGAAGCUGUUGAUAUUGCGCUCACUCAGUGGCGACAACUGUCCGCUUUCUUGCUACACCCAAGUAGGAGUGAUCGGACGCCGUUAGUUCCCUCGGAAGAUAUCAGUACCCAUGGAGCGCAGCAACUUGCCGUAGCUCUUAACGCCUUCCUUGAGCCUUUUGUGAUCGGUGAUCGCGAAGAUAGGUACGAGCAGGAAAACCAUCUCCGAGAAGUGAUAGUUGAGUGUGUGACUUUUGGCUAUCUCGUGUUUUCCCAGCCCUGCGAGUAUCGGUACCGCUUCGAAGGUGGCGUAAGACCCAACUACAUUGUUGUUUUCCCUGGACUGGACAAGAUUAGCGAUGAAGAAGGACAUAGAUAUCCUUCGCCUGUUCAAUCUGUUGUUCCGCCGUUGACUGAAAUGAUUUAAUUGCAUAGCUACUGGGCGCAUUGGUUUUAUUUCCAUUAUUUUCAUUUUUAUGUAUAUAUCAAUAAAAGGGGCAACGAAUAGCUGUUCAUAGAAAUCAUCCCUUUCGUUAAACCCUGCUGUAUAUAGACAAUUAGAGAGCGAUGCCUUAUGAAUCCACCAAUGCUAUCGGGAUUUAACCUAUGAGAAA